AAUUUGGGUCACUUUUUAACAUAGCAUAUACUGGAUAGUCAUAUACGUUUGAUGUGGUAAAUAAUGUAAAUCUAGUUAAAGUUGUCACUUGAGCAUUGUGGCAUAAUACUGGCAUUGUCAUCUUCAUUUGGCACAUUAUAAAUUAAAAUCUAGUAUACCGUGUAAAACUACUUUUAGUCUGUUUGAUCAAUCAAAUCGAAUUAUAAUCAAAUCGAAUUAAAAUCUUACACUAAUACCCAUUUUUCCCUGGUCAAUUUUCAUUGAACAUGGUACAUUAGAAUCGAGUAUACACUGUAAUACCCAUCAAUCUUUAGUUGACGUGGUGAAUUCAAAUCCGUUUAUAAACUAAUAACCCCUUGUCGAUCCUCUUCAUUUGACACAUGGUAAAUUCAAGUCAAGUUUACGCUGUAAUACCACUUGUCCCCUGUUUGAUCAUAUUCGUUUGACACAUGGUAAAUUAAAAUGUGUGCCCAGUAAUACCCAUUUUCCCCUGGUCGAUCAUUUGACGUGGUAAAUUAAGAUCUAGUGAACACUAAUAACCCUUGUCACCAGUCUUAAUUUACCACGUAGGUGAAAAUAAAGUUUACACUGUUAAUAGCCCUACUCCUGUGGGUAGACCUCUUCAUUUGGCAUAUGUUCAAUUUGAAUGCCGUGAACCUUGGAACACCCCUUGUCCCAUGGUGGAUCAUUUUCAUUGGACACAAUUUAGACCCUGUCAUUGCUGUCACUUUAUUAUUGUUCCAUCAACUGUUUGUUUCCUGGACACUACUCUUCGCUUGAUACGUGGUAAAUAAAGUCAGUCUAGUUUUUAGUGCCAUUUUAGUAGUAGUGGAGGCGCCAACAGUAAUUCUCCAACUUGGAGCAAUUUUAAUGAAUUUAAAUGUGCAAUGGCACUGUAUUUUAUUGUGAAGAUGUGAGUGGAUAUUGGUCUUGUAAAGGUGUGUGCGCGUGUGUGUGUGUGAUGUGAGUUGAGGGCUUUUUCCUCCAGACGUCACAUCUGAGCCUCAGAGAGGAGGAAGCCUCUUGAGUUUCUCUCCGACAAAACAUCUCAGGAGAUUUUUUUUUUCUUCUUCAUCACCUCCAAAACUUUCUUCCGUUUUUUUUAUCCUGCUGAUGCGUUGCGGCAAAGGAUGGAAAAGUACGAGAAGAUGGGCAAGAUCGGCGAGGGUUCGUACGGCGUGGUCUUCAAAUGUCGCAACAGAGACUCGGGGCAGAUCGUCGCCAUCAAGAAGUUCGCAGAGUCUGAGGACGACCCCACCAUCAGGAAGAUCGCGCUCAGGGAGAUCAGGAUGCUCAAGCAACUGAAACAUGGCAACCUGGUGAAUCUUAUCGAAGUGUUUCGCCGCAAGAGGAAACUUCACCUGGUGUUCGAGUACUGCGACCACACGGUGCUCCACGAGCUGGACCGACAUCCCCGAGGCGUUCCUGAGCAUUUGGUGAAGAGCAUCACGUGGCAGACGCUUCAGGCUGUCAACUUUUGCCACAAACACAACUGUAUCCACAGAGACGUGAAGCCCGAGAACAUUCUCAUCACCAAACAGCACGUCAUCAAACUCUGUGACUUCGGCUUCGCCAGGAUUCUCACGGGGCCGUGUGACUACUACACGGACUACGUGGCGACGCGCUGGUACCGCGCCCCAGAGCUGCUGGUGGGAGACACGCAGUACGGACCCCCCGUGGACUUGUGGGCCGUCGGUUGCGUCUUUGCCGAGCUCCUCUCUGGCGCCCCCCUGUGGCCCGGCAAGUCCGACAUGGACCAGCUCUACCUGAUCCGCAAGACCCUCGGAGAUCUGAUCUCUCGCCACCAGCAAGUUUUCAGCACCAAUCAAUUCUUCCACGGCCUCUCCAUUCCUGAACCUCAAGAGAUGGAACCUUUGGAGCUGAAAUAUCCAAACCUCUCCCACCAAACGCUCAGUCUCAUGAAGGCUUGUCUUCAUAUGAACCCGAGCGAGCGUCUUCCGUGCGAGCAGCUGCUGCACCAUCCUUACUUUGACAGCCUGAGACACAAGAACCACCAGCCCAACGCUAAACAGGCCAUCAUGGUGCACGAUCGCCACGGCAACAGGAGGACCCGCGUGCCGCGCAAACAUCUACCCGCCGGGUGUUUGCCUCAGCUGACGGGCAGCAGCAUCUUCCCUGUUCUGGACACCAAGAAGUACUACCACAACCUCAGCAAGUUCAACUAUCACCUGCCCAACAUCUAAAAACUACAAACAUCUACAGGUGCAUCAGCAAGACUCAGGAAGUGAAGCAUGUGCUGGAGCUUAGUGACUGACACUUGUCUGUAUCUUUUCAUCAUCAUAUUAUUCUUAUUUUCAAGCAUUAGCUAGCUAGAUGAUAGAGGACAAGGAGCAACGUGACGCUCCGCUCGUAAAUGACAUGGAAGGUUUUGCCAAAUCUUCUGUACCGCAAGUCAAGUAGGACAUCACUUUUUUUCUUCAAUGAUAUUUAUUGACAUCAGCACGACAAUAUUAAUAAUAAGUCGUGAUGAUUCUCACGUUGGUGCUACGGACGUUGCAGCAGUCUCGUUGUAGAAAUGCUAAAUUAAUCGUCAAAAUUUGAGUGCCCCGUUUAAAGGCUCCUUUUAUGUGUCCGUUAGCUUCGAAUCAAAUGUUUCAGUACCACAAGGAACCUGUGGCGGAGGGGCAGUGUUGAGACCGGAAAUUGUUGACCUAACACAGUGGUGCCUUGAGAUACAAGUUUAAAACAUUUAGUGACCAUGCUCGUAACGCAAAACAAUCACAUCUCAAAUUAUCUUUUCCCAUUGAAAUGAAUGGAAAUGCCAUUAAUCUGUUCCAUCCUUCCUUCCCCAAAAAACAACACAGGGGUAGGGACCAGGCGAAGAUCUGCAAAUAAUU